AUGUACAAGGUAGCAGGGGUGGCUGCUGUGCCUGUAACUCUCAGCCUGAUGUCAGGUACUGUGUUUGCUGCCACCGAGGACAAGCCCAAUGUCACCUCAAAUACAAAUGAGCUCUCCCUCUACACUACACCGCAGCAGAAGUUCCACUAUGUGGAGCCAGAUAUAGGGCACUUGGAGCCAGGUGUUACCACUCUAAGGAAACUGGCAGAGCCAUAUGUUACUUGGUGUCAGCAAACAAGCCAUUUGACAGUGGAAAAGGUUCAGGGUGCCAUUGUAAAAGUGAAGCCCAAGGUUGAAAGUGCCAUCCAAUUAGGAAGUGGUAAGAAAACACACGCCCUGUGAUACACACAUUACUCAUUACUGUGAUCCUGUGUGGCUCAGUUGUUAAAGCAUGGGGCUUGUAAUGCGUGGGUUCAAUUCCCACUGGGGCCACUCAAGACGUAAAUGUAUGCACACCUGACUGUUUAAUAGUUACUUUGGAUUGGGUUGCGGUCAUUGGAUUUGCUGGUAUCAUUGGACUCUUUCUUCCAAGAGGUAUUAGUUUUGAAUUUGAAUGACGAGUACCCUGUUUUUUAUCUCCAUUGUGUGUUUGGGUUUAUCAACUUUGUCUCUGUGUUUAAGCAAACACUCUGUAUCAGUGAGUCUCUGAGCUAGAGUCUGGUCUAGCGGUAGAGCUGUUGCCUCCAGACCAUAUCAAAUAUCAGGCCUACUACUGCUUCCUGUUGCCCUAUCCGGUUUUCCCUUUCUUGCUUCUAAUCUAUCUUCUUGAAUAAAAAUAGUCUGUGGUCCCCACUCGUGUGUCUCCUAGGCUCCAGGGUGAAGAAGCUCAUCUACCCUACAGGGCUGAUGGCUGCGGGACACUAUGUACUACCCCCAAGCGGCCGCAUCAAUCGCCAAGGUGAGUGAGCGUGUCAAUAUAUCGUAUGUCGUGUGUUGUUUUUAUUUGUACUUGCACGUGUGGGAGAAAAUUAAUAUUGUUCCAU